AUGAACAUCUCUCGUGUACUGUGUGCCAUCUUGGCACCCACUCUUGUAUCCGCGGCAGCCUUUGCGAUCCCAGAACCAACACAACCUGUUGCUCCAGCAGCAGACAACUGGAGUCCCGCACCAACAGCAGCACCGCAGCUUGGCUUCCACCUCUUCGGCCGCGAAGCUCAGCACGCAAGCCAGGACAACACAUGCGGCUACGUCUCCGGGCUGUCGGCAUCCUCAAUAACAUGCCCAAAUUCAAAAGCGAUAUGUGCGACAAACACCUUCUUCGGCGUGCACGGGUGCUGCGAUCCCUCCGCCCUCUCCUCGUGCACAAUCGCCACGACAUGCAUCCCGUCGACGGCCAUGAGCUCCCUCUGCACAGACGACGCGUGUUCGUCCAACAACGCAAUCGCAAAAUGCACAGCGCCCGCUAGCCCGGCGUGCUACCGCUGGCUGUUCGCCUACGAGAGCACGACCAUGACGCAGCACGGCUGCGCAGCAAGUGGCUUCACCAGCACCGCGCAGCGCAGCUACGGGCCCUCGAGCACCAGCACCCCGAGUCCGCUCGUCGUCACCGUCACCGCCUCAGCCACGCCCUCGGCCAGCCCCAGCGCCGACAACGAGCCCAAGCAAUCCCUCGGCCCCAUCAUCGGCGGCACGGUCGGCGGCUGCAUCAUCGUCUCCCUCGUCGCCCUCGCUGCCUUGUUCAUCCACCGCCGCCGCCGCCGCCGCGCUGCCAACCACUCCCGCCCACCACCCUCGCGCCCCCACCACAACAGCCCUGAGUUCCACCCCGGCGGCUUCCCCGCCGCCGCGUGGAACGAACAGGACUUCAAGACGUGGCAGCGACCGGACAUGCCGUGCUUGGGUGUCAGCGAAGUGCACGGCGAGGACCGCGCCGUCGAGGUUGAAGCGCCGGAGAAGAGCAAGGUGGGGGUUUGGCACGCCUCAUGUCCAGCGGCGGCGGUCGAGGUUGAAGCGCUGGGGAGGGAGAAAGGGUGGCGGCCCUGGCAGGGGAUCGUCGAAGCGCCUUCGUGA